AUGUUGACCGAGCAACAAAAACAGUGGGACGCGGCGGGUAACUUAAUGAAUCUCGCGAGUACACAAAGAAAUGCCAUCGCGCCGGUCGUUUACGGAACGUGGGGCUCGAUCGGUGAAUUCAGCGAAGAUGAUGACUGGUCGGAGUGGUAUGAACGCUUCGAACAAUAUGUACUCGUGAACGAAGUACCGGAAACCAAGCAGCUAGUUUGGGGGCUGUCUGAUGACAAUAUUAAGAAGAGGCUGCUCGGCGAGCGGGACUUAACGUGUCAACGUGCUAUCGAGCUAGCGUACUCCCUGGAGGCGGCCAAGCGGGACGCAGCUGAUAUGAAGAGUAGCAAGGACGACAUAGUCAACUACGUGAAGGGGAAGGGCGAGAAGAAGGCCAAGGAGAAAGUCACGUGCUACUGCUGCGGCCGGAAGGGGCAUUUUAAAAGCGAAUGUAAGGUUAAGGAUUCUUUGUGCGACAAUUGCGGGGAAAAAUCCCUGUCGGUGUUUUUAACGGUAGAGGGUAAAACCGUCAAGUUCGAAAUUGACACCGGCUCUCCAAUCUCGGCUAUGUCAUAUAAUUACUUCGUUAAGCACCGCGAGUGGCAAGCAUUAAAAAUCGAUGAAUCGACGCGACGUUUCAAGUCGUACCAAGAUGGUGUGAUCGUUCCGCGAGGAACCGUGAGAGCCGAGGUCAAAUUCAAUGAUACGGUAGCCGAACUUGAUUUGUAUAUUAUUGAUAAGGGUGGCGCGCCCAUUGUGGGUCGAGAUUGGCUUCGUAAGUUGAACAUGCUUAACGUUGAUCGUGAGAACAAGAGGUUAAUAAUCGGGGCGCUAAGGGACAAGAUAGAAAAAGAAAUAGAACGUUUAGUUAAGGAAAAUAUAAUUGAACUAGUGAAUAGAAGUGAGUGGGCUACACCGGUAGUUCCGGUAAUAAAAUCAAAUGGCGACAUACGCUUGUGCGGGGACUUCAGUGUGACUAUAAAUCCGUGCUUGGAAGUGGAUAGACAUCCCAUUCCGAGGUUAUCAGAUUUGAGUACGCGUUUGGACGGGGGUAAAGUUUUCAGCAAACUUGACAUCGCACAAGCGUAUCAGCAAGUUUGGGUCGAUGAAAAGUCGCGUAAAUCACUUACACUAUCCACACACAAGGGUCUGUACGCUUGUAAUCGUCUGAUGUACGGGGUAGCAUCCGCGCCAGGGUUGUUUCAGCGCGAGAUGGAGUCGUUGUUAGGGAACAUACCCGGGGUAGUAUCAUACUUCGACGAAAUUUUUGUGAUGGGCAAAAAUCAGGAUGAGCAUGACAAGCGUUUGAACAAGGUUUUGUUAAAGCUGCACGAAAGAUUUGAAUUGAGUGCUGACGGUAUUAGAACGAGCGUUUCAAAAACCAAGGCGAUAAGCGAAAAGAAAAAACCCGAAAAUGUAAGCGAGUUGAAAUCAUACCUUGGGAUGGUCAGUUACUUUUCGAGAUUUAUUAAGGGUUUUGCUAGUAUAGUUGCACCGUUGUACGAAAUGUUAAAAAAAAACACUGAAUGGGAAUGGAGCGAGGUACGUGACAAGGCUUUUGAAGAUGCAAAGAGCGAAACGAUGAAAGAUGUAAUUCUGAGUCAAGUACUUGACUUUUUGCGCGAAGGCUGGCCUGACCAGGUGGACACAAAGUUCAAUGCGUACAAAUUGCGUCAGUUAGAAAUGACAGUAGAAAAUGAUUGUAUCAUGUGGGGGCAUCGAGUAGUAAUUCCGGAAUCGUUGAGACAAAAACUACUAAAUGAAUUACACGAGAGCCACUGGGGCAUUGGCAAAAUGAAAAGUUUGGCGAGAACAUACAUGUGGUGGCCCCACAUGGAUACAGACAUUGAAAAACUGUCGAAAGACUUACAACUGGCGUGUCUCCAGCUGAACUACAGGAAGGUCGAACAAGCCCAAGCUGUUCAGAAACGUUUUUUCAGGGGGGAUGGAAAAGAAGAGUUUGGAAAGGGUGACUGUGUAUUUUCAAAAAGUUUCCAGAGAAACCAAUGGGAACCCGCAAUCGUUUCAGAAAGGCUUGGGCCUGUAACAUAUCAUGUCAAGUCAAAUGUUAACGUAGAGAGCAAGAGAUAUCUCGAUCAACUGCGCCCUCGAAGUAACGAUGUGCGAAACAAGAUUGUACCGCAGUCGGUUCCUUGUCCGGUAUGGACCGACGCUUCAGUAAAGGCAUAUGAGCAACCGAGACCGAGCCAAUCCGACGUUGUAAACGAAGAGCGCUUCGAAACUAAGAAUGUCAGGCCAAUGAGCGAAUCGCGUGAGCGAGGUAUGCAGGAGGCUGUUCAGAUGCCCAUCAGCGAUACCGGGCUGAGGCGAUCUUCGCGUACAAGGAGAGCUCCGGAGCGAUUGGAUUUGUGA